GCCAAGCAAAGCUGCCGCUUCUUCUUCCUUCUGAACCAUCCCUCUGUAACGAAUACCAUGAAUAUCCUUCAAUGUUCAUCUUCUUCUGCAAUUUCACAUCUUCAUCAUCAACAUUUUGCAAAACCCAUCUCUUCAUCUCCUCCCCUUUUUGCUCUAAACCUUAGAAAUUCAAACCCCACUUCAACAAUUUCUUCAUAUUACUAUCAAAACAAUAAGAAGAAUUCAAAGAAAAAAACCCAACCCGAAAAGAAUCUAGUAAUGAUAGUUGACAUAGAAGAGAUUAAAGAGAGAGCAAGAUUAUCAAUUCAUAGAUUUUUCAGUAAAACUGAAAGGAAGAUUAGUAACUUCGUUUCAUCAGGGAAUGAAGCUGUAGAAGAUUUGAAAACUUUAGUUACUAUUGAUUAUGAUAAUAGAGUUUUUAUUUCCUGUAAAAGAUCUUCACUUGAAUUUUUUGGGAAUUUAUUAGUUUGGGGGUUUUUAAUUUUUCUUGGGUUUAGGGUUUUGAUGGAGUUAGAAUUUUUAGGGUUUAGCAGAGGUGGUGGGUUUAAGAGUAGUAAUUUGUUUAAGAGAGAUAGGAGUCUUGCUGGGAAAGAAGUUGUUGUUGGGAAGAGGAAGAAGAAGAGAGAAAACUUUAAGUUUUCUGUUAAUCCUCUUACACCUGCUAAAGAUACAAUGAAGAUAAAGAAUGCUAAUCAGGGGUACAUUCCGAUGGUAAAACGAUCAUAUGGGGAGAGUAAGCUGCCCAAGUGGUGGCCGGAGGUGAAAGCUUCUUCAAUGGGGGCGUCAGUUAGCAGUAUCGCGGAGUCGCAGAAGGAAGCGGAGAUAGUAAUGCGAGCAAUCAUGGAUAAUAGAAUGAGCGGAAAGGACAUAAGCGAAGAUGAUAUUAUUCAAUUUCGUCGGACAUGUAUAAAUUCUGGUGCGAAGGUUCUCAUUGAGACGACCAAUGCACGUGAUUCUUUCUAUCGUGCAUCAGUUGAGUUAGUUCUGAAUUCCUGCAGCAGAUCAACCUACGACUCUGCAGCUAUAUUGAUAGAUGGCGAGAGUCCACAAAAUUUUGUUGCCGGGACGGCUUUUAACUUAGGAAUUGACACCGUACGUGCUGCGAGAAUUGUAUCUGCUUCUGUUGCAUCACGGACCCGUUCUUGGUUUCUGCAGGCAUGGGCACUAGAAAUGCAAGGUAAACAUUCGGAGGCGGUCGAGGAAAUAUCAAAAAUCUGUCUUAUUCACCAAAUAUUUCCUCCCGAAGAAUUCUCGCCUGAGAUGGAAAUGGUGGCUCGAGGCCUUGAGAAACAUUUAAGAAGAGAGCAAAGGGAAUUUCUACUUGAUCUAUUUGUGGGUAAAUGUGAUGCUGGCAGCCGAAGAAGUGCGGCAGAAGCUCUUGGGUUGGUAAAGCCUGUUGAAUGUUAACGCCUUGACCACUGGUUGGGUUAAAACCAGUGAUGCAUAUCUUUGAUUUUCAACUGGACUUCCUGAACUACUUUUUGCAACCAAUUCUUUACUGUGGACUAGAAUUUGACAAAUACAGUGCCAAUCUUGUUUCUGAAUGUCUGCCCAGUCUUUGACAUCGGAGUUGAAUACUUCACAUGACAUACUUAUAAGGUGACUAAUUAGCAGGCAACUAAUUAGAUAAAAUCCGUUCAUUCUUAGUUGUCAAUCUGAUUUCUUUCUGUAACUUGGCAAUGCUACCAUGGAUUCAUCAAUAAGUGGCGGGUACUUGAUUAUUUUUCAAGGGAAGCUAAUUACUUUAGAAGUCUAGGUUACUUAUUCACUCUCUGCCGGAAGGAGAAUUUAAUCAUCUUUUGAUCAGUGCUGCAACAUCUCUGUGUACAUUUCACUUUGACAUUCAAUUUGUAAAAUGAAAUUACUACAUUUGUACUGAAAAGUUCCAGCUUGAAUUUUGCAAUGGGUUGUGUA